UCCUUUAUAGCGAGAAGCAGCCAGUCAAAUUCAGGUGAUUUUUAGACUUGGUGAUUUUUAGCUCUUGCUCCUUUUUUAUGUAGAGCGUGUUAUGUUUCGUAUAUUCAAUGAACUGUGGCUUAGCCGAAUGUCACCCCGAAUGCUGCCACUCCUGGCAGCUGUGCUUUUCCAGAAGAAAAAGAGGAAGGACACCGGACUGUAUCACUGGAGGCGUGAAAAGCACCCGUACUACAAUCUUACAGUGAAAAUCCUCCGAGCCAGAAAUAUCAAGGGUACAGAUCUGUUAUCCAAGGCAGACUGCUAUGUGGAACUGAAACUACCAGCUGCAUCUCCAGUCACUUCUCAAACUCAGGUUGUUGACAACUCUAGUGAUCCAGAGUGGAAUGAAACCUUCCAAUACAGAAUCCACAGUGCUGUCAAGAACAUCCUGGAGUUGACCCUUUUUGACAAAGAUGUUCUGAUCAGUGAUGAGCUUACUUCUGUUGUCUUUGAUGUGGGAGGUUUAAAGCCAGGCCAGCCUUUAAAGCGCGUUUUCAAGCUGAACCCAGAGGAUAAUGAAGAGCUGGAUGUAGAGUUCUAUUUAGAAAAAAGCUCAGAUGCCCCUACUGAGAUCCUCACAAAUGGAGUCCUUGUGGCUCAUCCCUCCCUUUGUUUGAAAGGCACAAUCAACCAAGAUAAGUCGAAGCAGAAAGACCAGGGGAACUGUCAGGUCAAGCUGUCUAUGCCUGGGGCAUAUGAGAAGCAGUUGUGCUUUCCCUUGAAACCUGAUGAUAAUCAAGAUUGUGGGAUACCAUUUGUUUUUCAUGUAGACAAAGAAAUGUGUCCAGACCUGGAGGUAGAGCUGGAGCAAACCACAUCUUUCUUACAGGAUGGAAUGAGCCAUGACAUAGAAAAGCAGACCACAGUUUUGGGAUCAGGGGUUGUACCAAUUAAGUCACUUCCUGUUGGACAGAAAGUAGACAUGAUUGUUCCUCUUGGAGAGGGACAGAGUUUGGAUUUCAGCAUGACUUCUGAAGUGAGCCCUUGGGAUCUGGAUAUACGCCUUGGGUUUGACCUCUGUAAACAAGAGAGAGAAUUUUUGGAGAAGAGGAAGAUAAUAGUUGCUGAAGCACUGAAGACGGCCCUUAACUUAAGGGAGACCCCUGAGAAAGAUGAGGUUCCUGUAGUAGCGGUUUUGGGAUCUGGGGGUGGGACCAGAGCACUGACAUCACUCUAUGGCAGCCUAUCAGGCCUUCAGCAGUUAGGCCUUCUGGACAGCACAACAUAUGUGUGUGGAAUUUCAGGCUCUACUUGGUGUUUGUCUACACUGUAUCAAGAUGCUGAUUGGUCCCAAAAGGAUCUUCAAGAUGCAAUCAUCAGAGCCCGGAAUAAUGUAUCAAAUAGCAAAGCUGGGGCAUUUUCUCCAGAAAGACUGAAAUACUAUUUCCAGGAACUGAACUCAAUGGAGAACGGUGGACGCAAAGUCUCUUUCACAGACUUGUGGGGCCUUAUUGUAGAGUAUUUUCUGCAGCAGAAGGAAGACCUGUCAAAGUUGUCUGAUCAACAGAAAGCAGUGGAGUUGGCCCAGAAUCCUUAUCCUAUCUAUGCAGCUAUCAAUGUGAGACCCAAUAUUAGUGGUGAUGACUUUGCAGAAUGGUGUGAGUUCACUCCAUAUGAGGUUGGAUUCUGGAAGUAUGGGGCCUUUAUCCACACAGAAGACUUUGACAGUGAGUUCUUCAUGGGCCAGUUAAUCCGGAAACGUCCAGAGCCCAGGAUUUGCUAUCUACAGGGAAUGUGGGGAAGUGCCUUUGCUGCAAGCCUAGAUGAUAUUUGUCUGAAAGUAAUUGGCAUGGGCCUUAGCUUUCUAGAGCCUCUGAAAGAUGUCAUCAAAGUCAUAGAUGACAGCCGCAGAUCCCAUUUUCGGGACCCAACACGGUUAAAGACUCGUCUAGUUAUACCAGGGGGACCCUUGCUACAAAUUUUUCAGGAUUUCUUCAAGUCCCGUUUCACUAGUGGUGAAACCUUCAACUUCAUGCAAGGGCUGUAUCUUCACAGGGAUUAUGUCAACAUCAAGAAGUUUGUGGCCUGGAAAGGCACUCAUCUGGACGCCUUCCCCAACCAGCUGACUCCCAUGGAAGACAGCCUGUAUUUGGUAGAUGGUGGCUUUUCUAUAAACUCUCCCUUUCCAUUGGUGCUCCAGUCAGAGCGUGAUGUAGAUGUUAUUGUUUCAUUCAACUAUUCUUGGGAAGCUCCAUUUGAGGUCUUGAAUUUGACUCAGAAAUACUGUGAAGAACGGGACAUCCCCUUUCCAAAAAUCAUCUUGAGUAAGGAAGACGAAAAGAAGCCAAAGGAGUGUUAUAUGUUUAUGGAUGAUGAGGACCCAAAGGCUCCCAUAGUGCUUCACUUUCCAUUGGUGAAUGACACGUUCCGGAAAUGCAAAGCACCAGGAAUAGAACGGGAGUCAGAAGAUGAGAGAUCCUUUGGUGACUUUGUCAUUGAGAAUAAAGACUCUCCCUAUCGUACACUAAACUUUACCUUUGAGCCGUAUGAUUUUGAUAGGCUGGUGGGAGUGAACCGCUACAACGUUCUGAAUAACAAGGACACGCUCUUCAAAGCCCUCCAUUUGGCUCUGCACAGGAGGAAGUUAAAGAAGGGCAUCAGGACCUAAGAACCUUCUUGGUGUGGGAUACAAGUGGACUGUGAUACGCCAAAGGCAUAUGGUUCAAACAGCCACACUGAGGCUGUGGUUGCUGUAAGCUACCUUCUCGAAUGGGAAAGGCACGCAUAGCACUGAAAACUUACUCCAGCUAUGGUGGAAACCUUUCUCUUUCUCUCCCUCUCCCACUCUUCUGUGCCUUUACCGAGUAUGCAAAGCCCAAAGAGAUAACAAUAAUAGUUCUUUUUUACCAAAUGUCAAGUUCAGAUUCACUUACCUAUGUGUGUUAUAAGGAGAAAGCAAUUCUUCUCUUGGUGUUUGCCACAACCACAGGUACAAUGGUGUUCUAGAAACACUUAUUCUAUUCAGUGACCCAUGUAAGAGUUGACAUUGGGAUGUCAGGAGUGAGAUGUUGGUAGAAUCCAAAUCAGACACUAUGGCAAGGUAUGGAGGAAGAAUUUGGUUUGCUAACAGAGUCCUAUGUUUUGAGGCCCAGAUAAAAUGGGCUCAUUAUUCUACAGCCUAAUUCAAGCAUCUAAGCCUAAAAGAUUUUUAUUUAUUUAUUUUUAAUAUCUGCUUCAUGUAAUGUUUUAAAGUGUUCAGUGUUUGGGCUAUGAAACCUUUAAACAGGUUGGGUGCUAGCAAACAGAGAGUGCUUUCCUAAGUGUUUCUAGAGCAGUUCCACUUAACAGCCCUCUAGCUUAGUUGGGGAAGGUGCUGGGAAUUUUUGGUAAAGAAUCCUUGACUCUGAAAAUUGCUUCCCUCCUGCCACUAUAACCUGGUCCACGAGACCCUUUGAUUUUUGUCCAGGUUUUGUGAGAACUCAUCUACUUUUGCAGAACUUUUUAUGGAAGAUGAAGGGAAUGUGUUUGAAAGAGGUUGGAAUGUAGGUUGUUUUUUAAAGUUGGCUGGAUUUUUUUUGAGGUAGUAUGUUUUUAAGAGAUUUAUAAGAUGAUUUUACUAAAGUGUUUGUGUUGGAGGAAUUCUGUGAUGCAUCUAGUGCUCAUGAUGUAGGCAACUUAUAAAUGUGAAGAAAUAAAAUGAAA